AUGGAUACUGAAUCCUUGAAAUGGAAGCUGAUUCUGGCACUCGGUAGUAGUACCUUUGCACUAUUAUUCACUGUAAUUUCUAUUCCGCUGCUUCAAGCCGAUUUGGAAAGUCUCAAAACAGAGGUAUUCAGCGAAAUGGACGAAUUCCGAGCUUCCACUGAUGCUCUUUGGGACGAUCUUCUCGAAAUCGAGCGCAACCCUAUCGCCAAAAGGGACAUCUUUGUUGUUUACAGUAAAAGACCUGUAUUCCAUAGAAAAGCAAAAUGAGUGCCCAAACAUCGUCAACAAAACCAGUGCGGAUUGCGCCCUGAUCCAGAAUGUCCCCAGGGUCCUCCGGGACCAGCUGGUGAUGACGGCAGCGAUGGA